AUCAUUUCAAACGGAUCAGUGGAUCUAAAUAUCCAUUGUUGUUUUAGACAAUUUGAGGUAACCGUAUUGACAGGUAUUAAUUUCAUUGUUCAAUCAAAGUCAAGAGUAUUUUGGAAUCUGUCGGAAGUACGUAGUACUAGGCAUGUAGAAAAAGAAAGAACAAACGAUGCUAAAGGAUGGGCUGCGGGGGAAGUAAGCAAGAUGUUGCAGCUGUGCAACCCAUUGAGAACAACAUAAAGCCAGUCUCAGAACCCCCAAAACCAGUUUCGAAUGGUACAACUCCCAAUCAGGAAGUCAAAGAUGAACAAGAAGAAGAGGAAGAAGAAACCGGAUCGGACUGUUUAUACAUAUCUACCGAUCCGGGGGAAGAAACGCUGGAGGUAGACGACAGUUUGGAAGAGUAUAAUCACAUCAAACCGUCUGAAGAAGCACAAGAAAAUCACAUUAAAAAGGCAACUAACGUCAAAUUCUUUGAGGAUUGGUUCCCGGAGUAUUCUCAAGAUACGGACGCUGAUUCCGAGUCGAGACCAAGAACAGUGAACCACAUUGACAUAAAAGUACAUGGCUCGGAAAAACAACUCACUAUUGCCGACAUCGACAAAAGGGCAAGAGAGACCCCACAAGACAAAGCAUCAAGCUUCAAGGCCCUUCGAAACUACUUGCUUAAAGAUCUCGAGAAACAAACCGAUAAGGAUCGGUUAGCUGUAAGAGCAAUCCUUGUUUGGCUUAGUAUUCAAGAGGAGGGCGAUUUUGGCUCCAAAGCUGCAAACAAAGAUUCUCCCGAAGGAUUUCUGUCACUUUUGGCCAAAAAACAAACAAUGUUUUCCACAUUUUUCACAGUUCUCUGCAGAGAAUUUGGUCUUACUUGUGUGAAAAUAAAAGGACUUUCCAAAGCUGGGGACUAUCAGCCAGGUGAUGCAAUAACUAAAGAAAACAGUUCGGACAUCUGGACCGCUGUAUACUUUGAAAACUCAUGGAACAUCGUUCAUCCAUAUUGGGUUUGUAGAGGUCUGUUUGGACACAGACCAGCAGGAUGGAUAAAAUUAGAAGCAGGUGGAAAGGCUAUUGGCAAAUCGGAAAAAGGAGUAGCAGGGGUCCUGAGAAAUGCAUUUAAAGAAUAUUAUAUUUUUCCUAAUCCAAAGGAAUUUAUUCAUACCUGCUAUCCUACUGACUCAAAAUGGCAGCUGACAAAGAAUCCAAUUUCUCUUAAAAGAUUUGAGAAAAUGCCGUAUUUAUUGCCAACUUUCUUUGGAAUGGGACUAAAAUUAAUAUCAGAUGAAACAUGUCUGUUAAAUACUAUAAAAGGAGAAUGUAUGAUUGAAAUGCAAGCUCCAUUAAAAAAUGCCAACCAGAUUGGUUUGUGGUAUGAACUUUAUUUAAAAGAAGGAACAGGGAAGACUGAUGAUGAGAAACGUAUGCUCCAAAAAGAAAACAUUCCCAAAUUAGUAGCAAUGAUAAGAUGUGGAGAUCUUUGGCAGUUUAAAUUAUCCCUUCCAAUCGAAGGAACUUUUAAAAUUUGUUGCUAUGGUGGUCCCUAUAAGUCCACUAUGGCCCGAAUAGCUGAAUUUAGAGUAGACUGCAAGGAACGAAAAAAAGACUGUAGAAUAUUGCCCUUUGACCCCGGUCGAGUUGGGUUUGGGCCCGGACCAGCUGCUGCGUCUGCUGGAUUUUUUCUUCCAUCUCAUGCUGGGGGAUUGGUACCUGUUAACGCUAAAUCUACCAUAGAAAUUUCUUUCACCGUCGAAAAAAUAGUCAUUGAACGAACUACAAUACGUGCCACAUUAUACACGACUAACAAAGAUCAAACAGUACUCCAAGAAAACGUCAGUGUUCGAACCAGUGUAGAAACCAGCACCGUAUAUUUUGAUGCUGAAGUGCCAGAUGAAGGGGAAUAUGCCUUGUCUAUAAACACGGUGAGGCAAUCACAGACGACGCAAACGACGCAAACAAGCACAGCCGUUUCUAAUGGCAAAUCCCAACAACAUGCUCAUGUUCGCGAGGAAACGUCGAAUGUUUGCAAUUACUUACUCUCUACUUUCGCAAAAUCAAAAGAGAAACUUAACCAAAAACUUGCUCGAAGUGAAUUGCAAAGUUCACUAGAAUCAGCCCCAAAGCACGGAGAGGGUCUUACAAAAGGCAUCAAGAAUAUUGAAAACGGAAUCAAAAAAUGUCUGAAGCAAAAAAUUAUGUCAUCUGAUAACCAAAUUGUCGUAGCAAAAUCAAAGUUAGAACAUCUCAGAAUUAAAAACGAGGUUCGAAAUGCAAAGCUACGUAGAAAUUUGUACGUGACGAUGGGAACAAUUCACAUGAUAAAGAACUCUUCUCUAAGUAGAAUAUGCGAUAAAGAAAUACAAGAACUCGAAGAAUUUAAAAUGGAAUUAGAACAGCUUCAAAAAUUUCCCCAAGAACCACCUUCUUUACACUGGGCGAUCGGAGAACUUGCAAACUCCCAUACUUUAUGGGAUGAAAUAAACAACACCGUCAAAGCAUUCCUCACGCUUCUUGGAGAACCACCUGAGUCUUUAAAGACAUGGAACGACAUGCUCAAUGUCUUGCGCCCACCUGCUGAUAUGCCUCCGAUGUUGAGUAUUACAGCCCGUAUCAAGGAAUUGGAAACGUCAGGCGCACCUAAGGAGGGAGUUGAUUUGGAAAAUGUUACCAAGUGUCUGAAGACGUAUAGCAUAGACCAGGUUAGGAAUAUUAACGUUGGAGCCGCUGUGAUGUAUGAAUGGGUCUUAAAGAAUUCAGGUCAAAAAACAGACAAAUGAUGUGAGCUUAAAGCAUGAGAUAGCUGAAGACCUGGCAGUGACACAUUAUCUAUUUCUAUUUUAUGUACUCUUUGUAUUAACAUGUAUAUACACACAAUCUUAGUGAUUUAAAUUUAUAUUUGACUAUAUUUACAAAAAUGCAUUUUUUUUUUGUUUUCUAUUAUGUCUGCCUGCAUUUCUGUCUAUAAAUGCGAUUGCCUGGAAAACUCUCAAUAUAUUUUACGAAAAACCCAUUGUUAAGGUGUGAACUUGUUAAGUUCAUUUUAAAUGUAAAAAAGAAUUUAUAGAUACUUAAUUUAUGGAAUAACAGAACAUAACUCUUAGAACUGUUUUUGAAGCAUAACAAAACAAUUCAUUGUACAUGUGCUUUCAGCUAGGUGUAGUACAACUGUGACAUGGAUCUGAGCUAUGUUGUUAGCUAUAUAAACUGCAUUGUACUGUAUAUAACCGUAUCCUUCAAAGUGGAUUCGAAUAUUCGAAACAUAAUAUUGGCAUGAAUUUAGUGCAUUCAUUAUUGCAUCGAAAGAUUAAUUUUUGAGGUCGUCGUGUCAACAACUGCCUUUAAGUGAGCAGAGAAAUUGAAUAACGCGCGUUAGCGCAUAAUAAGAAGUUGUCUACCCAACUGAUGACAGGUAUUGUCAAAACCUGCAGUCAGGUGUCAGGUGAGUAAACAAACUGAAGAACGCUCGUUAGCGCGUUAUGAUCAUUUUUCUACUCAACUGAUGGCAGUUAUUGGCAGUUAUUGACAUGACGGCGUCAAAAAUAAGUUUUAAUGCUAAUAUUUACAUUCCAUAAUUGAUAAACUCAAUAAUUCUAUUAAAAUAUUCGAUGUAAAUUGCUCUAUCAAAUAAUGAAUAAUAAAAGGUAACAAAUAAGUAACAGCAAAGGCGUUAUUGUCUAGAACCGGUUUAAACUGAUUAUUUCUUACUGUUGAGAUGAGUCAUGAAAAGAAAAAUAACACUUGACAUUUGCUUAAAACAAUUCACUGUACAAUCAACUUUAUUGUUGAAUAAUUAUAAAACACCAUGUUUUAACCACAUUUAUAAAAAAAAUUAUAAAGAGUUCAAUCAAUUAUCAAACAUAAUUGAGCGAUCUGUAUACAUUGAAUAAAAUCAGAAAAGUUAGAUUUUUCUUCAUUGUCAUACCGCUUUAUAUGGUACACAUGAAGUUUAAGGUUUAAGGUGAAUCGACGUAAGAUUAAUAGUUUAUUGGGAUUCUGCAUAGCAUUGGCAUUGAUAAGAUAUUUCAAAAGUUCCGAACAAAGCCCUAGUAAUAUUUAAUUUCCUUUAAGAUUUCAACACGGCCACACAUUAAAACAUGUUAAAAAAAACUGUUAUUCUGUUGUUGAUUUAAAAAUUUUCCUUAGUGAUUGGUACAUGUGUGCUUAAUAUAUAUUUUUAAAAUCACAACGUUGUGAUGCAAAUUGGUGAAGUUUAAUUUGAGAUAUAUUUUUCAUUAGCAGGUACCCUAUGAUGAAAAGUUAAAAUAUCAACUAAGUAUGAAAAUGUUUAUUCCGCAA